AUGGAUCAAGCAACUACAAGUGAAGAAAGAAGCACCAGGCCUGUUUACAUUGAUGCCAGUCAAGGGCAGACAUCACCAAGUGAAGAAAAUGAUGAAAUCGAGAUAACCGGAUCGACAACUGUUCAACGGCCGAUAGCACACGCUCAUAAUAUCAACAGGCAGACCGUUUCUGUGCCUUCAUCAUCGUCUAAUGGUAGUAAUAAUGCAAGACACACAGUAUCAACUACAAGAAGAAGCAAUUCAACAAAUGCAGAACCUAUACUGGUGGCCUCUGAUGGCGAGGAUGACGACCAAAUUUCGAUUAAUGAUGAUGUGGUGUUUGAAGGUGAAAGACAAAUACCACAAGAGGAGGUCCAAAUAACGGGUGAACGUCGUACACGACCCCAUUUACAUUUAGGAAUGGAGAAUGGACGUGCAGGGUACUUUUUGAGACUUCCGAACGGGCAAAGAUACGUACCUCUGACAGAUGCUUCAGAGAUCGGUGCAUUUCGCCGCCGUCAUAAUUUACGGAGAAGCGGAAGGAACAACAACCAGCGGUUUGGUGCACCAUUUAUGCAGAGAAGAGCAAGAACAGGUACUUCGGCAAUUCUCCAAAGACUAAGAACAUUUUUAGAAUUUCACCCUGAAAUGGGUGAAGCAAGUGGACUCGUUCCCGGAAUGUUAGAUGUGCUUAUGCCAUCAUAUCAAACGGUCCAGGAUACGUUAUCAGCCAUGCUUCCAGGGAAUACUGAUAUGGAGGAUGAUAUCCCUAUUGCCAUUAUGGAGCAAAUAUCCCGAAGUGAACAGCACGAGGAAGAUCACAGGAUUAACGGCAGGAAUAAGGUUGCCGAUAGGCUGAAAAAGCAGAAAGAAACGGAAUCCAGAAUUCCAGCAGAGCUCCAAGAUAAGUUUACACGAGGAAUAUUACCAGCAAACACAAAUAUAUGCACCCUAUGCGGAGUCACCUUAGCGGAAGGGAUUCCAGAAGGCUAUUCGGUUUUAACAGAUCCUGAAAAAAUUAAGAGUUUGGUUUUGGAUCAUGACAUCAGAGCACCGUGGCAGUGCUCCCGGAAGCUUACUAAGAUUGAUUACGAUCUUUCUAGGAAGAUUUUCUUUGGAAAAUGUGGGCAUGUGUAUUGUGGGAGAUGUGUGAAUAACAUGCUGAGGGCGGCAAGGGAAACGAAGACAUCCAAGAAAAAAAGAAGAAGAAAGAAGAUUAAUUACGAUAAUGUGUCUGUGGCAAAUUUGGAUUUUGAUGAUCCCGACAUUUGUGCUCCCAAUAGAUGCGUUGCACCGGGUUGUAACAAACUUCUACGUGGUAAAUAUUUCUUUAGAGAGCUUUAUAUAUAA